AUGAGGGGGGUUAGGGUUAGGGUUGGGUUUAGACUCGCGGCGAUGGGUUUUGAAUUUAAGUUGCACCAGCCACCAUGUGAUAUUGCAUUUCUUUCCGUUGUGGAUGGGCCUGCGCUUUACAGCUCUGAGGAAGGAACUCAGACGUCAAUGAAAGAAUCAAUGAUACGACAAAUCGGCUGGCAGGAACUUGACCUCCCUCUGGAAUGGUUUUUCUCAAAAAGGGCAUAUCACUUGGUGAGGCGAGUUAGUCGUACGAUGCAGUGCACCAUUCAGUACCUUUCGUACCGCCAGCAAAUGCUGGAAACUGAGGCAAAAAGAGCUGAAGAAAAACUUCGUGACAUGCGUGAGGAAAGUGAUCGGGUGUUUGCAGAACUGGCGGAACUGCGAGAGAUUGUUUCCAUGAGCGGCGUGAAACGACAAGACGCUUCCCCAACUAAUCGUAAGGUCGCGCACGAACGCUGGAGGGGUCAUUCUCGAAUAACGGAGCAGCUACACACUUGUUUAUAUUGUGGCAACAGCUAUCCCUCUAACUCAUCCUUAAAUUCUCACAUGAUAAAACGUCACCGUAGGGUCCAACACUAUCCAUUAACAGAAGAAGCCACCGCAUCACCACCAGAAUCAUCAGCUGCAAUUGAGGCGUCAAAUGACCCACUGAUGGCGGAGGUGUCACAAAUUAAGCACGAUUUGGCGUUUUUGCGUGAGUUCGUGACAAACGAGCAACGUUGCAAUAAACAAAACAAGAAUGACAAUGCCAUGUUAGCUUCCACUGGUAAUGCAGCGUUACCUGUGGCAAGUCAGCCAUGUUCACCUCCCCCUGACGAUAUCAACAUUUCCCUGCAAAGAAAGCAGGUGGAGCAAGAAAUGAUAAUUAAAAAGUUUCAGGAGGAGCUACAUGCGACACAGUUGCGCGUGGCGCAGUUGGAGGCUUCGAUUAGGCAACGAAACGUAGGUAGCUGCAACUUCCAUCGACACUGUGAUGUUGUAAACACCUCGACUGCUGAGCCGAAGGUACUUAAUUGUGUAUCAUUUGCAUCGCCAGCAGAAGUGUAUAGUCUUCCCAGUGUCGAGGUACUUUGGAAUAAUGCGAGUGGCAGCACUACACCGGAUCCGUACCAUAGCUCUUUACGGCAGAGAAGUUGUGAUACUGGUAGCCUGAAAGUAGAGCAACUGACACUAAGUGGAAACGAUGAUGCAUCAUCUGCUUUCGACACCUCAGUGAUGCUCUUGGGAACAAGGACACAAGUGCGCUGUAUCGACAAGGUGAUUCACUAG